AUGGCGCCUCGCGAAAAUUCUCACGAGCCCUCUGGCACCCCCGUGCCGGUGGAAACGGGCUUUGCCACCCUGGCGCAGCUGAGGGUUGGCGUGAAGGCCUUCGUGGAAAAGGAUGGCGAGAAGCGCAAAGCCGAAAUCCUCAUGAUCCAGACAAGGCGUGGAGAACCUAAAUUCUACGUCCACUACGAAGAGUUCAACAAGCGUCUUGAUGAAUGGGUUAACGCAGACCGCAUCGACCUCUCCCGCGAGGUCGAGUGGCCCGCCCCAGAGAAACCCGACAAGAAGAAGUCUGCCUCCACUAAGAAUGAAAAGACUACUUCCAAGGCAGACCAGAAAAGCCUCAAGCGUUCUCGGAGCAAACUUGACCGCGAACUUUCCAUUGCAUCAGAGUCAUCCAGUAUCAAUGCCCCUGGGAAAGCAUCGCGGCCAACCAAAGCAAGUGGAAAGGAGAACCAGGAGUUGCUCGUCACCACUGAGAUCACCGAUGGCACGACACCCAAGCCCGAAGAUGAGGAGAUGGAUCUUGUGGAUGUGCAGGACGCGGCCGCGGCUGCCAAAGCUGUUCCCGACCAAGCCUAUUCACGCGAAGACGAGAUCGAAAAGCUGCGCACCUCAGGCUCUAUGACCCAGAACCAAACGGAAAUUGCCCGCGUUCGUAACAUCGAAAAAGUUCAGAUGGGCAAAUACGAAAUCGAACCGUGGUACUUCUCCCCAUAUCCUAUCGACUUUGUCGAUGUCGAUAUGGUCUACAUUUGCGAAUUCUGUCUCAAUUACUACGGAGACGUCACACAAUUUGAGCGGCACCGCUCAAAAUGCACAUUGCUCCACCCACCCGGCAACGAAAUAUACCGUGACGAUUACGUGUCUUUUUUCGAAAUCGAUGGCCGAAGACAACGCACCUGGUGCCGCAAUCUCUGCUUGCUGUCCAAGCUCUUCCUCGAUCACAAGACGCUCUACUACGACGUCGACCCCUUCCUCUUCUAUUGCAUGGCCACGCGCGACGAGCACGGCUGCCACCUCGUCGGCUACUUUUCGAAAGAGAAAGAAUCCGCUGAAGGCUACAACGUAGCCUGCAUUCUCACGCUCCCGCAAUACCAACGAAAGGGCUUCGGCAAGCUCCUUAUCGACUUCUCUUACCUGCUCUCCAAGCGCGAAGGCAAGCUCGGGUCUCCCGAAAAACCCUUGUCCGAUCUUGGUUUGUUAGGCUACCGCGCCUAUUGGCAGGAGAUUAUAGUAGACCUGCUCAUGGACGGGAGGGCGGAAGCGAAUAUCGAGGAUCUCGGGGCUCAGUCAGCCAUGACGACGAAUGAUGUCCUUCACACGUUGCAAAACCUGAAUAUGCUGAGAUAUAGUAAAAACGCGCAUGUGGUCGUACUGACGGAUGCGGUUGUGGAGGCGAGGGAGAGGCAGAAGGCGAAGGAGAAGAUCAAAGGGAGGAGAGCGCUUGAUCCAGAGAGGUUAAGUUGGAAGCCGCCAGUCUUCUCGGCGGCGAGUCGGACGUGGAACUGGUAA